UUGUUGCUCUCUAGUGGAACAGAUAGUUUACACUGAGUGCAGCGAAUUUGGGGUUACGAAGACUGGGUCAAUGUGUUCUGAAGCUACUACUGGGUAAAUUCGAUUGGGGAUUGAGUGAAAUGGUCCAUUAAAUUUGGGGUCCUCAAAACCCAUUGGUUGCCACGAGGAAGCAAGAAUCCACUUCCCACAUCGUGUUUGUUGCCAGAGCCAGGGAAUGGAAGAUUUCGCAGUAUGCAGCUGUGCAUAAAGCUAUGCUAAGCUUCUGCGGUGCGUGCCCAAAGUUCCAGACUAAGUUCAUGGGUGCAAUGAAGCUUCAAUGGGAAGCAGGAGACUAUAUUUCGUGGGAGAGCCGGACGAGGUAAAGUUCGACGGAUGGGGUGCUGGGAGGAACAUCGUUGCUCACGUUUGCUUGUAACUCUUGAGGAAAAUUGGAAGGCAAUGCAUAGGCUUAUGAUGCAUCCUAAAUGGUCUAGUCGGUAGCGAGAAAGGUAGUGAAAAUCGAGGAAGUGGCCGCACUGCUGAUCAGGUUUCAAAAUAAGGAGCCUCGAACAUCCCUUUGACAGACCGAUAUGAAGUGGACCUGUGCCCCGCUUUCCUGCAUUCCACACGGAGUGCUGUCCACUUCAGCAGUUGCAUCGCUGCCUUGCAUAAUAUCAUCCACAACUCAGAAGCUGGAAACAGGUGUUUCAUAUUGGACUGGUGGUUUCGCAGGCACUGGAAGGAAUGGAGUACGCAAUGUAAUCAAGCUGAGUUGUAUAGUGCUUUCCCGUUUUAGGGCACUUAACCAGUAGAUUUUCAAAGGAAGUCUUAGAAGCUGUGCGAUCAGUAUAACUUGCGUAUACACUAGAAAGGGCUACUCGUCUCAAGUUUAGCCCCAUUGAUCCACAUCUUUUAGAUUGAAACAUGAUCUUGUUUAUUAGUUUUAAAGGUCAUGGAUCAAGGUUUUAGAUUCUCUGGCGUCAGAUUUGGGAAAGACUGAGCGGCUAAGCUUCUUCAGGAUGUACCUGGAAGCUUUUGGUCUCUGAGAUGUUGUGUGUGCGCCUAUUCCAGUUUGUAGUCUUCUAUUACCAUCGGGUGAAAUUUAGCAGGACUGUACAGUGCCCUGCCUAUUCUAUUGUUCGAAGAGGACUUAGGUUGUGGAGGAAAGCCCGGCAAACUCAAACGCAAUUUAUGAAUGAGCCUUUUCCUCUGCUCGGUCCUUCUGUUUGUGCAGAUAAUAUCGCUUGGCAUGAUUACGGAGAAUGUCGUAACUGUUUUGGGAGAAAGGUUGGGCGCGAAAUCUGGAGGUUUUAAGUGCUAUUGAUGUUUAUUUGUUGUAAACACCUGUCGCAGUCAGGUUUUAUGAGUGCAGCGAAUGAGUGAAAAUGGUGAAGUACACUCGUAUGGAGGAGAACAAACGUGUCUACAACGAAGAGUAUGACACGGAUGAGUACGAAACUUUGACAUGUGAAUGUCACCACCUUGCAAGGGCUAAAGAACUUAAUGGUUCUCGACGAAAGCCUUUUUUCUGCAUAUAUUGCAAAACAGUUUACAAAGACAAAAACAAAUUAAAUCUUCACAGGCUCGAAGGCUGCGUUGCUGUAAAUGGUGAUGGCAAGAAGACCACCCUCAAGAUUUAUCCUGUGUUUGGAAAAGGCCAAAGGGGUGAAAUCGAGGACAUCCUCAUCAAACAUGGUCAUAUGAAUCCACGGAAGAAACCUUCAAGGGCUAAGAGGAAAAAGUCCGUCACAGCCCUAAAGGAAUCGGAUACGUAUAUGGAAGUAGGAAUGGCAGUGCAGGCAGCACAUGAAGAGCAGAAUCCACUUCGGCCUCAGAAACUGAAAGUGCGGGGUACGCUCACUUCUCGUGAGGCCAGUAAGAAACAUAUAAAUUCGAGAGAUUGUGAAAUGCAGAUUUCUUAUGCACACCACGAGCAAGUGGUGAGCAAUCCCAACAGCCAUGACUCUUUAGUUGGUGGGCAAGGAGAGAUGCAGGUGCAGAUGCAGUUGACAAGGGAACAGGUAGAAGCCCAAGCGCGGGAAGUUGCUAACUAUAUGCUUUCAGAUGCUUCCAUGGUUUCCUGCCCCGAGUCGGUCCCAUGUCCCGGUCUUUGGCACUUGAUGCAAUUCCAGUUGCUACCAAGUGACUUUCCUGACGUGAAGGAUGACUCCUUCCUUCAGGCUUUUACUGACUUUGUGGAUAAGGGAUUGAUUGAUCUCGCUUUACCGAAGUCAUAUGGAACGUGGUACAUGGAGAGAGAGACUGAUGCAAGUGAAGAGGAGAAAAGUGCAGUGAAACUUACAAUUAGCCGAUUCAAGUUAGUUGGAGGUCGCCCUGAUUUACAUGCACGUCACAAAGAGAAUUCGGCUCUGCAAGCGUUCUUGCAAAAUCAGAAGGAAUGGUUUCACUAUGAAUUGCAGAAGAAAGCAGCUGAGAAAGAACUCUGUGUGCGGAGGGAGAGGUACAUCAAGGAUAGACUCAGUGACUACGACGCUAGGGAGCAUGAUCGUCGGGAAUUGGCCAUCUGGCGUUGGUCUCCUCUUCUGCAUCUUUUGAAGUCCGAUGUCAUCGAAGGUGUUCCUCGCAGACCUUGGUAUCAUUCGGAUGCGGAGCUAAAGAAAAUUGCGCAUGCAAUACUGACGAAUCGGAACCGAAUUGUCAGCGAUCCUCCUCACUGUCCUUUAAUAGUACGCAUGUUCAAGAUCGUUUCUCUCUAUUGUUAUGGUAAAGUCAGCACCCUAGCUGAUCCUGUAACGGGACUUUUGCGGGAGACGAUGCUAAAUUACUCAACCAAUAGAAGUGCUGCUCCUGUGCUUCAAAUGUCAGCUCAAGCUGUGCUCAACGAUGGGUGCUUCCUGUUCGCAAACUUACCUCCUUAUUCAGAGGCACAAGUAGAAAUACUCGAGGAUGUAAACGUCCUUCUUCAUGGAAUGGCAAUGGAGCGGGAAGUCGUUGUGCAGAAAGUUCAAGGCUUUCUUAGAACCGUCCGUCAACGCGCAGCUGGAGAUAUGGCUACGUUGCAUCCAAACGAGUUUCGUGUGCUUUGGUGUGGCGGUGAUGCAAGUACCAUAGCGGACGCAUUGAAGACGUUCAUGCUUUGUCUCAAAUCCCGAGAAGACUUGGACAUGGGAUGGGUGCCAUUCCCGUCAGGGCACCCCGACUAUGAUUCUGUUGCAGUUAUGCAAGCAAGAGAGGCCGUCUUGAAAGCAGUUCAUAAAUUGCACGAGCAGCGCAUGCUGUCUGACAAAACCCGAUUGUUGUCUGCUUCAGCCCGCUUACAGGCAUUUGAUAUCAUCACUCGCAACAAGAUUCAUGGAUCUCUAGAGACUAGCGUUGUGAAGCCUCCAAGAAAGACCACAGACUACAGGGGAAAUGGUUCACCAGGAAAGGAAGACUCAGAAGAUGAAAGUAAGUUGGAGAGGCAUUCAAGUUUUUCUACAACCAAUGGUUCGGCUGACAUAGAACUAGACUCUCGAUCAUCUCACGAAUUGAAGGAUACGGGCAUUGACGUUGGAAAGCCACACCGUAGACACGAGCUGCUCAACGAGCCACCUCGUAAACCUUGCAACACGUCUCCAGACCUCAACCUCAACCUUGAUUCGAAUGAUUCUUAUGAUCCUGCCUCUCCCGUCAUGAAAUGUGACUCGACCUUUACAGCACACAUGGCUGACUUUCAUGUUCCCAAACCCAAUUCUCCACCAAAAAUGGUCUCUGUUCUUGGUGUUGAGGUUCGCGCCUCGGAUCCUGACGCUGAUCGCUGUGUUCCUCGAGUUUCAAAAACCUCAGCGUCGGUCUCAGCAUCGGCCGAACGGUCUCUGGAGAAUUAUUCCCGUCGGGUUCCCCACUUGUUCAACAGUCCGUCGUCAUUCUCAUCAUCAACUGCAAGCCUUCGCAGCAACACUCGAAAGGAUUCGGAUGAGGAGCACUGACACUGCGACAGCAGCUGUGUGGUGGUCAUUGCUCAUCUUUCUAUCAUCACAUUUCAGGUUUCGCUUGGUUCUACAUUAUGUGAGCUGUAGUACAUGUAUGUUUAUUUCUAGUUGAUCAAGCACUUGGGUGAAGACGUAGACUUCUAUGUAGGUAGCUUUUUGUUUUGGGGUGUUUUAUUUUUCCUGCUUUGACUUAGAGUCGUGUUGCAAAUCAUACGAUAUGUGAAAGUAUGUUCAUUCUCAACAAGUAGUAUUUCUUUGUUGAAAGCGUAGAGUGGGGAUGCUGAGUAGUUUGAUAUUUAAUUUUCUUGGCAACCGCUUGUAUGGCAUCGUGAAAUGGUGAUAUGGGGAACUGCUGGAUGGAUUUUCUCAA